UUCUUAUAUGAUGAUACAUUUUUAGGCUUAUUUUUAAGUCUACAUUUCAAAGUUUUCAUACCAUUAGAACCAAUUAUUCUAUAUAUCAACUGUUUUUCUAAUACAUGUGAGAUUAAAUUAUGAAGUAGUCCUUUUCAAUCUCGUGGAUUUUAAUUGUAAGGAUCAUUGCAUCUGCUGCUAUUUAUACAGACUACCCUUGCACCACUACAUCUGCUUCAUACUCUCUUUCUUUCUCAAAGUUCUGUCUUUAAACAAAAAAAAAAAAGAAAGAAAUAAAAGCAAUGAAGGCAAAGUUUAUCAUAACCUUUCUGCUUUUUGCAUUGUUUCUUUGCUUCUACUCAGCAUCUGCUCGUCUCCUGCCACAGAAGCAAGGUAACGGUAUCAUUCAGGCUGGUUUAUUGACUGAUAUAAAAGAAGAUUUCUCAAAUUUGAUGGGAUCAGAAGAGUGCUAUGAGAAAGAUGAAGAAUGUCUGAAAAGAAGGAUGAUUGCUGAUGCUCAUCUGGAUUACAUCUACACUCAACAUCAUAAGCCUUAGAUAUAUAAUCCAUACAAGGAAUAAUAAUAAUAAUAUAGCAUGUACUUUUUUAUGCUCAAAAAUCAAGAGAAAAAUUGCAUGUAGUAUUGAAGUUGUAUGUAACCAUAUUACCCCAAGGACCAAGGCCGAAAGCAAAAAAGAAUGUAACUACCAGCAUUAGUUGUAAUAUAGUACUAUAAACCAUACUGACUAAUAAAGAAUAUAAACUUUAUAAACUUACGAUUUAAUCUAAUUAAUUCAUGCAGUUAAUUUCUUUUCAUAUUUUUAAAUUACAGCUUCUUUUGUAAAUAUAUAUAUGAUGCAAUUAAGUAAUGAUUAAGUAUUUCAUUUGUUUCAAGCUUGCCGUUGAAUUUUUAUAUGAACUGGGAUCAAAAAUCAAAGGAAAGGGCAAGUAUAUUUUUCAGUGCAAAACAUACCCUUCUUGGAAGUAGGAAGAAAGGCUGAGAUUUCCCUUUUUCUUUUCUUUUUUUUUUUUUUGGCGUACUUUGAAUCGUGCAAGUAUGGUAGUCAGAUAUUAUUAGUUCCUGGAUAACCAAAGCCAAAAGAAUUUUCUUCUGCGACGGAAUUAGCUGUUAAUGGUGUAAAGCGAGGAAAAUGAUAUUCCUCCCUUGGUAACAGUCAGUCAAAACGCAAAAAGCAUCAGAGAUUUAGCUGUUGCAGUUUCACGAAUUCAUCAGUCAAGUGAUGGGAAGGGUGCCUGUCAAAACUCUGGAAAAUUAGUGGAAUAUGCUUUUGUAUUUUGAUUAUCACAUUCCUCUGCUUCAAGGCUUUCAUUAUAUUCAAUGAUAAACAGACUCUUGCGGUGCCUCUCUCUUUUAUCAAUUUCAAAUCCACUCCAGCAAAGUCAAC